AUGUCCUUUGUGAAGUCCACCACGUCAAAGUAUAAGUUUGGGGCACAUGUUAGUGCAGCUGGGGGGAUUUCGAAUAGUGUAUCGAACGCAUUUAAUAUUGGAUGUAAUUCAUUUGCUAUGUUUCUUAAAUCCCCUAGACAAUGGAACUCCAAACCAUACACCAAGGAGGAAAUACAGAAGUUUAAGGAUAACUGUGACAAGUUAGGAUAUAAUGCAAAAACGGAUAUUUUGCCGCAUGGCUCGUACUUUAUUAAUUUGGCCAACCCGGACCACGAGAAGGCCGAGAAGGCGUAUGGGGCGUUUAUCGAUGACUUACAGCGGUGCGAACAGCUCGGGAUUGGUCUGUAUAACUUCCACCCUGGUUCUUCGCUGAAGGGUGAUCAUCAGAGACAGUUGGAUCAGCUUGCCAAGUACAUUAACAAGGCAAUUGACGAGACCAGUUUUGUCAAGAUUGUGUUGGAAAAUAUGGCUGGACAUGGGAAUUUGAUUGGUUCGAACUUAAACGACCUGAAGACGGUGAUAAGUCUUGUUGAAAAGAAGGGUAGGGUUGGCGUUUGCGUUGAUACUUGCCAUACGUUUGCUGCUGGUUAUGAUAUAAGCGAUCAGAAGUCUUUUGAUAGUUUUUGGAAACAGUUUGAUUCAAUUGUGGGUAUGAAGUAUUUGAGUGGUAUCCACCUGAACGAUUCGAAAGCUCCACUAGCUGCCAAUGCUGAUAGACAUGAACUGCUUGGAGAAGGUUAUUUGGGUUUGGGUGUGUUCCACACCAUAUCUCACACCGAUUUCCUAAAGAAUAUCCCAGUUAUCUUAGAGACUCCGCAAAAGGAAGACAAAGGAUAUGGGGAGGAAAUAAAACUACUGGAAUGGUUAGAAACACUAGAUGUUGAUGUUACCAAGAACGAAGAAUACCUAUUGAAAUCAGAACAGCUGCACAAACGGGGUUUCAAAUCUAGACAGGAAUUUGCCACAAAAUUCGAGAAAAAGAGAGCUAAAAGCUCAAAGGAUAGCAGCAAAAAGCGUUCAGCUGGCUCAGACGAUAUAAUAUCUCAGCUGGCUAAUAGGAAAUUGCCCAAGAGAGAAUGA